UGAGAGAGAGAGAGAGAGAGAGAGAGAGAGAGAGAGAGAGAGAGCAGAAAGAAGGUGUAGAAAAAAGAGAAAGAGAGAGGAAGAGAUUAGAAGUGGAUUCAAGCUGGGCAAUGCGCGAUAAGCAGUGCAAAUUUGUUGUCGUAGCGCACGUCGUUUAAAGCUAAGUGAAAAAUUUACGUGCUAAAAUAUUAGCAAAGAACGCAACGCGUUUUCCUUGGUAUCUCAUCGCACGGUGCAAACAUUUCUAAGGCUCUGACAGGUACUGUAUGUGACUCGAUGGUGCCAGCGAACUUCGUUUACACAGUCUCGAGUUAAAUACAAGUAUAAAGGGACAAGUGAGCCUGAGUUGCAGGCCAUUUUGUUAAAAUCACGAUGGAGAACAGUCGAGCACUCGUACUUGUUUCUUUAAUCUUCGUUAUAUUUUCGAGUAUCAUUUGGAACGAGUCAUAUACGGUAAAAGCCGAUUCUGAGGCUACUACCACCGAAGAAAACACAUCGGAAGAACAAAAGUUAAUUCUCGAUUGUCAACAUCCUAAUUACAGGACAUAUAUUAAGUGUCUUAAGUAUCCGAGUUACAAAGGGAACAAAGUGAAGAGGCAUCAUCAUGAAAUAUCACCGGAAAUGGAUCAUCACUGCAUGGAGAUAUGUGUUAAGUCCUGCGAAGCUAUUUCAAGUCAUGAAUGCAAUCAAAAGUGUUCUCAUUGUAUAAGAAGAGCGAAACAUAAACAUCAGAUCAUUACGGAGUACGAGACCGAGUGUAUAGAUGGAGAUUGUAAAGGUAGUGAGAAGCCUGCCGUGGGUACGACAAAUAUUACAACGAAUAUUGAAUUAAACAAUGUCAUCAACACUGGUACAGAGCGUCCAAAUGGUGGAGCGACUCCACCAAGUCAAGACAAUUGUAAUUGCACUAACUGUAAAGGAUGUUCGUCAAACUGUUGUCCUCCUGGAGGUAUUAAUGGAGGGAAUAUUGGCGGAGGUCAUGGUGGAGGUUGGGGUGGAGGUUAUGGUGGAGGUUUCGGUGGAGGUUUCCAAUUAAGUUUGGUACCACAAUUAAGUCUGGGAUUAGGCUUGAGUCCCUCUUUUGGUUGUGUUCCUCCUUAUCAUUGGUUUUGUUAUCAGCCAUCGCCUUAUCAUUACCCUCAUGAAAAGGAUUGCUCUGUAUGCUAUAAUCCAGUAUUACGAUACAAAUGUGACGUAUCUUGUCAGAUGCAGCUUGGAAAUAGUUUUCCAUAUACUCCACGGAUGAAAAGAGAUGAACAACUUUGUAAAAGUCCACAUUGUAUCGGAGGAACUUAGUUUGUUUCGAUGAUUAACUCUGUCAUUUUAAAUAAUCACUUAGCAGUAGAAUGAAUCACUAUACUGUCAUACUAUCUGGAUAGAAAUAGAAGAAAUCUAUUUAAAGUUGUGGAAAAAAAAAGAGGUAUAGGUCGCAAACAAUAGUUUCUACAUAUUACGAUUUAUAUAGUAAUAUAAGAUCAUUGUUGAGCGUUAUAUAAAUUAUUUAUGUUCUAAAUUAUGUAAUUAAAAAAAAAAGAGAACGUUAUGAAGAAUGUGUUUACGUGGUUGUUUGACUUAAUUAAAUCGUUAAUAUAACGGUGUAAUAAAAUAAUGUAAUCAAAUAUGUAAUAAAACAAUUCGUA